CGCGACAUCCGACGGCAUUGCACUUCUUCCGCUUGUCAACGGAGUGCUAACGGAUAUCAGCGACACAAGUAAAGCUGUACUGUCGGGCUCUCAGAGGUACUCAAGUACUGAAGACAACAUGGGAAGAACGCUGAUAAGAAAACAAGAAUACAGAUAUUAACGAGAGAGACUCCAUCUACAUGAAUUCUACCAUUAUUCUCUGAGAACACAGAGGUCUGAUCAACGCUGAAGAUGGUCUGAUGGACCGGCGCUUCUUGCUGACAUUAAUCUUCUGUUCAGUCUCAUGGAUUUUCUUUUGGGAAUUGCGCUGGAAGAAGAGCAAGGAAAGUCAGAUUGAAGAAUGGCUGCAAGGCCAUAGUCUGUCAGAAUACAAGCAUUUAUUUGAAGAUGUGCAGUCUCUGGAAGAGUUGAGUCUGAGUGUCCUGACUCUUUUGGAGGACGUGGUGAAGGAACAGCGGCGCUGGAGGGACAUCGCUGAAGCCAACGUCCGUCUGCUCAGAGACUUUGCCUUUCAAGAGUGGCUGUGUUCUCAAAGCCUCGAGCACUACUACCACACUCUGAAGACCCUGGGAUGCACUAACCUGGAUGACCUAGCCCAGUUUGACAGCCAGCUUCAGCUCUCUCUGGCAGCCUGGGGCUAUUACUACGAGGACUAUAUCAAGCUGUCCACAGGCAUAAAGGUCCUCCAAGCAUCCCGGGGUAGCAGGGACCAGGACUACGAGGUUCAGCUGGUGCACAGCCUUGCUGAGAGGCGCCUGAAUGAGAAGUGGUCCAUUGCUGGGGCGCUGAUAUUCGGCUGUACUGUUGCACUGUGCUUUCUGAUAAGGGACCUCAUGUUUUACGUGAUUGGUGGAAUAACCGUUUCCAUCAUCGCAUUUGUCUUUACCAUCAAGUUCCUAUGUGAGCUCGCAGCACGUGUGGUCAGCUUCCUGCAGAAUGAGGACCCUGGGCGUCGUGGCGACCGCAGCAUUUACGACUAUGUGCGGGGGAACUACCUUGAUCCACGCUCCUGCAAAGUCUCCUGGGACUGGAAGGAGCCACAGGAAGUGGGCCAGACCAUGAGCUUCCGUGUGCAGCUCUUCUAUAAGAAUGGUCAGCCGUUUCCAGCUCACAGGCCCGUAGGUUUGAGAGUGAACAUCACUCACAUAGAGCUUGCUCUGGACAUUCCUGUCACCCAGGAGAUCCUUCAGGAGCCCGAGUCCAACGUGGUGAAAGUGACCUUCACUGUGCGCAAGGCAGGCCGCUAUGAGGUGGCAGUGAAACUAGGGGGGCUGAAUGUGGCAUACAGCCCCUAUUAUAAAAUGUUUCAAGCAGGGACGGUGGUGCCAUCCAAAACAAAGAUUGCAUACCACUUUUCAACUUUGGUGCUGACAUAUGGUCAACAGCACACUCUGCAGAUCGAGCCUCGAGACGAGUACGGCAACCCUACCAGUAACUCCGUCUCUCUCGUGGAUGAGGUCAACUACAGUGUGCAUAUACACUCGUUGGGGACUAUAGAGGAGGACAGUUCUGAAGAUUACUACAGCACGACUGUCUGUUGUAAUAAACAGCAGUGUCAGGUCCUGCUGCGGCUCACUCUGAACAAAAAGGGCUGCUUCAGAGCACGCAUUACUUACAGGGACCAGCCUCUCAGUAAUGGAGAGUUUGACAUCAUUGUGCUCAGUGAGAACGAGAAGAACUGUGUGGAGAAGAACGUGUCCACUCCAGGAAUUAGUAUCUAUUUUGAGGCCUACCUCUAUGGUACAGGGAACUAUAGCAGCUCUACCUGGCAGUUCCCAGCAUCCUCUCUGCUCACCCCACCACGGCGGCCAUCCAUGGGCGAUGACGAGGAAGAGCACGACUCUCCAGUGGAAGGCCAACCGGAGAAGGUCAAGAAACCAAAAAAGGUCUACUGCUACAUAUCACCAAAGCAACUCUCUGUGAAGGAGUUUUACCUGAAAAUUAUUCCAUGGCGCCUUUUCACCUUUCGUGUGUGCCCUGGAACGAAGUUCACCUACCAUGGGCCUGACCCAAUCCAUAAGUACCUGACUCUGGUGGUGGAUGAUGGGAUUCAGCCUCCUGUAGAACUGAGCUGCAAGGACAGGAACAUUAUGGCAGCCACCUUUAUUCGCUUUCUCCAUAAGAACAUUGGAGGCUCCGAAACAUUUCAGGACAAGGUGAGCUUUUUCCAGCGAGAGCUCCGGCACAUUCACUCCAAGAGACCUCGAAUUAAAACAUGCCUGAAGAUCAGCCGUCACUCCAUUCUCGACUCUUCUCUGAAGGCCACCAGAAACUUCUCCGUAUCGGACUGGAGUAAGAACUUUGAGGUUGUGUUUCAGGAUGAAGAAGCUCUGGACUGGGGAGGGCCGAGGCGUGAGUGGUUCGAACUCAUCUGUAAGAAUUUGUUUGACACCAAUAACCAGCUCUUCACACGUUUCAGUGACAAUAACCAGGGUCUGGUCCAUCCUAACCCAGAGCGUCCUGCUCACCUGAGAUUGAAGAUGUACGAGUUUGCAGGGCGUGUGGUAGGGAAGUGUCUAUAUGAGUCAGCUUUAGGAGGAGCCUAUAAGCAGCUGGUACGAGCCAGGUUCACUCGCUCUUUCCUGGCCCAGAUCAUUGGCCUGCGCAUCAACUACAAGUACUUUGAGACCGACGAUCCGGAGUUCUACAAAACGAAAGUCUGCUUUAUCUUAAAAAAUGACGUGAGCGAAAUGGACCUCGUAUUCGCUGAGGAAAAGUACAACAAGUCAGGACAACUGGAAAAGGUGGUGGAACUGAUCUCAGGCGGUGCUCAAAUUGCUGUCACUAACGAGAAUAAGAUGCAUUACCUGAAUCUGCUGGCUCAGUUUAGACUGGCCAGUCAGGUGAGGGAUGAAGUAGAGCACUUCCUCAAAGGGUUGAAUGAACUUGUUCCUGAGAACCUUUUGGCCAUAUUUGAUGAAAAUGAGCUGGAGUUGCUGAUGUGUGGUACUGGGGAUAUUAACGUGCAGGAUUUCAAAGCUCAUGCUGUUAUCGUUGGCGGCUCAUGGCACUUCAGAGAGAAGGUGAUGAAGUGGUUCUGGGCCGUGGUAUCCUCCUUCACUCAGGAAGAGCUUGCACGUCUCCUCCAGUUCACCACCGGCUCCUCUCAACUCCCUCCUGGUGGCUUCAACACACUUUGUCCAUCCUUCCAGAUCAUAGCAGCACCAACACACAGCACGCUGCCAACUGCACACACUUGUUUUAACCAGCUGUGCCUCCCUACCUACGACUCCUACGAGGAGCUGCACAAACUGCUGAAGCUGGCCAUCAGUGAGGGCAGCGAGGGCUUCGGCAUGCUCUGACCACACACUGGCUCUGACUUUUGGAUAUGCUGAAGGAAUCGCUUUUUUCUGUGUCUUCUCUCCAACGAGUGAGCUGCUGUAUACGAGCCAACGUACCUUUCAUUCUCCAAUAACAGACCUCUUAGCUGAAGCCCACACGGAUGUCCAGAUUUUUCUCUCUCAAGCAGGACCUUCACAUGAUCCUGAGUUGCCUUUGGCUUAUUCCACUGGAUGCUGGAGCAAUGUAAAUAUGUAAAACUUAUGUUGUUUUUUUUUGUAUUGUUAAAAAAUAGCAAAAAGGAAAAAAUGAAUGAAGGAAGAACUGUGUUGCGUUUUAUUCUAUAAGGUAUAAUUGUUUCAUUUUGUUCAGUCAUUAAAAUUUGUGAAGCUACCAUCACCUUUGGCAUUAACAAAGCUGGGAACAUUCACAUGGAGUGUAGCAAGCCUAUAUGAUGUGUGGAUCUACUACACACUCACUGCACUUUGGCCUUAACCGAUCAGGGAAGGUUGUGUUUUUGUUUUUUUGUAUAUAUUGAACUUGUAAAUGUCUUCAUUUGUUGAGAAUUUUAAAGACGAGAUGCUUCAAGUCUCACUUGGCACAUUUUUUUGUUAUCUAGUUCUUUCAUGUAGCCUAAUGUAACACUGUGUGUAAGUGAGUGUGUGUGAGGGUUGAAGAAUCUGCACUGCAAAAUAUGAUGAUGAAGGAGCAGGAAGAAGAGCACUGGUUAAUGGUUUAUUACAAAUCUCUGGGCAACAUCUAUGCAUUUUACUAGUGAGCCUAAUUUACAAAGCAGUAUGUAAGAGUUAAUGUAAGGAAUUUUUCUGUUUUGGGUUUAUUUUUAAGACGCGUGCUGUGACAAAUUUAUUAUUAGGCCAGAAAAAGAUGUUUCAGUUUUUGUUUCUUUUCUUAUUGCUUGAUUUUGUUAUAUAUAUAUAUAUAUGACCUUAAUUUAUUUUUAACUUAUUCUCACUGACCAAAAUGUCCUGUAAUAUUAUAUUUGUGUUGAUGAAAUGAGUGUUAUAUGAAACAAAAGAGGCUAAAAGCCAGAAAGCAUUUAAGUGUCUUUUAGUGUUUGUCAUAUUGCAACUAACCCUCACAACCUUGUUUCCAGUAACCCAAGCUGGAAAAAUACAAUUUUUAAUGUGUAAUAUUCAUCGUUUAACCGAAUAUUCAAACAACUUGUAUCAAAGCUUGUCUUGAAGAGAUGAAUGUUUGUUGAACUGUUGCACUGUCCAGGAAAAUGGCCUCUAAUAGAUUGUUCUGGAAGAUUGUUCUGGAUGUCAAUACUUGGGUGCAGUGUCUCACAUGAGUGGAACUUCUUAUGAGUGCUUUAUCCAUUGCAUCUUGAGUUUCAUGUUAAUGUGGGUGCUCAUUUACAAAGCCUACACACUGCUGUCAGAAUGUGUCUUAACAUGGACUGUCCAUUCUAUCAUCCUAUGUAACUAUGCUUCAAGUCAAAACACAGCUGCUGUUAACUUUGGCGCUAAUGUCCGCUUGAAUAAUUCAUAGAGAAUUGUGUCAUACGGGAUAUAUUUUAACCACGGAUCCUGAUGUUAAGCGGCAGAGCAGUCCGAACUUUUAGUCACCCUCCUCCCUUUAAUGCCACAAUGAAGCUUUUCAUAUGGUCUCGUUUUAGAUAUCGUGCCCUUUGACCUUGGAUAAACAGCAUCGCCGCAGAAACUCCAGGGUGUGGCUAGACUGUGAAUGAAAUCACUGCAUAUGCGUCUGGCUGUGCAUCUUGGCCGAGGCUCAUCGUGAUGACCUCAGUCACCAUCUCGUGGAAGCACAGUGGCUGAAAAGCAGCCGGCGUUUCUGUCGUUCGGGCCGGCGGUGUCAUUUUGUGACUGCCAGUCCAUCGGCAGUGGGCAAAACGAGACACGAGCAUGACCUUGCUGGUUUCACUUACCUUCAUGUGCAGGGCAUUUGAGUUUUCUUACUGAUUUGAAGGUGUGAAAUAAUGCAUUAUAAUGUGUAUAUAUUGUAAUAAAGAUGCCAAUGGCUUGGGGUUGAUUUAUUUGGGGUUUUUCUUGUGUGUGGAGAGGACAGGCUACUCUCACGAAUGUCUUGGGUUUUCAGCACUGUUCUGAUGGCUGAUUGAAUUGUUUCUUAUUUAUGUGACAAAAUAAAUUGACGAAAAA